AUGUUCACGGAACGGCUCGAAACAAGCCUGUGCUUGAGAAUAGCCGCCGGCAUCCACUUCACUCUCAUAACACUGGUUCUGAUGGGGCGGUGGGUGCCGAUGGCGUACCUAUUCGCCAACACGGCGUUCAUCAUGUGUCUGUUCUGGAGCAUAACCGCUUCGGAAGUCGACUCGCCGUACCCGCUGUUGCAGUCGUUCGCCCUGAACAUAUUCUGCCUGGUGCUGGACGUGUUCGUCAUGACGUUGAACUACGGAGCGGUCGCUACCACGGCCGUCGACAGGUUCAGCAUUUCGAUGUCGAUCCUGAACUUCAUGUUUCGUCUGGCAAGCGUCGGCCUGCUGUAUUACGUCAGGGACGAGAGGAAACGACUGAGGUAUGCCGCUCCGAGCAAUCCGGCUCCUUCCGCGGUCUGA